AUGACAGUCGAGGAAGAGCCGCCGGCUUUCCACCUCACAGACGUAGACCGCGCGGUCCUCGCCCAAACAGACGAGGAAUUCAUCUACCACGACUGGAAAGACCUGCAGGAUAUCAUCGCACGAGGCGAUCUCGGCAUCUUGAAGCGGAAACCCUCCGAUCUGAUCCGAUAUCUCCAAUGGUCCAAAGAGACUAAGGCCGAGUAUGGCACGAUAACCAACUACAUCUGCCAGCGACGCCUAGGCUGGCAGUUACCGACGGAUGGAACCGCACCGGAUUUUAAAAACCCGAUCCCCUUUGCCGACCCCGCAGACUACAAGAUUCUCCGCAACGACUGGCCGUACGGGCUGGCGAAGGGCAUCGAGCAUAUCGUCGUCUGGUCGCGGAGCCCCAUCCCUGUGAAGGAUGAAAAUGGGGUGAUUACGAGCGAGAGCCAUGAGCUGAUUGAGGACUUUGUGCAGCGAACUUUUGUGGACAGGCUUGCGAAGCACGGGUUUCAGGAUCCGAAGUCGCAUGUCUUGUGGUUUAAGAAUCACACCGCCCUGCAGAGUGUGAGGGGGCUGGAGCAUGUUCAUGUGCUGUUGAGAGAUGUUCCUGAUCGGUAUUUGCAUGAGUGGACAGGCGAAUAA